AUGGCACCACCGGAGCCGUCUGGUUCCCAGGUACCAGCAACCGAAACCGAAAAGGCCAAUGGAUCCACCAACUCUCCCAAGCUUGGGGCAAUUGGAGAGGCUGUUCGUAGUGCUUUCAAAACUGCGAUACCUGGGAGUCCAAUUUUAAAGGCAAUUGGCGGAGGGAACUCUAAUGCUUCGACCUCUGAGUCGCCAAUUGCACCAGAAGAGAAAGGGAAAGGGAAGCUGAAGUCCGAAGAGCCUGCAACAGCAACAACAACAACGGCUCCAGAAGAGCCAUUGCAGCCUCCACGCCCUGCUUUCCUCUUAGAAGAGAUACGCCCAGGGCCUCAGGGCUCUGGUACCCAACCCGAUACAAGCAAAGAACGGCUUACGAGAAAGACAUCUGAAUCUCGAGACCCAUCACCAAGAACACGCGAUGUCCAGUUCGCAUCGCAGAAUGAGUACUUUGGCGAUGAGGAUACGGAAGGGGAGCAGACUCCACGUGGAGGGAAUACUGCACCGGGUACCCCCAAACGGAUGAGUGGAAUUUUUAAAUUUAGCAAGAAGUCUGGGGAGUAUUCACGUGAGGGGGAGGAGGAAGCCAAGACCAUGGAUGAUGAAGGUGCUAGGCCUAGCUUAUUUUCGAAAUUGAGAGCUUUCUCUCACUCAGCGGCUCAGCAUACGAGAACUCUCUCAAGCCACGGGGGUAAUGAUACCGAAGGUGGGAAUGGCGGUAGCGCUCCCAUGUCCCCCAUUGACCAAGAAGAGGAUGAGAGUUCGGAUCCCGGACACGCGGGGCCUAGUACUGCUCCUGGGACCCCGAGUGCUGCAGGAAAAAGCCCUCGUCUACGCCGAAGGGCUACAAUGACAGAUGUUCCCGAAGGAUCCGAUACGGAUGGGAAGGGCAGACAUCAUCCGUACUCCCGUCGACCAAGCAGCUUCCGUCGUAUCACUGAUUUCGCCCAUAGCAGAAAAGGCUCAGAAAUCAAUACCGCGCCAUCGCCUGGAGGAGGAGGGGCUAGUGCUGCCAAAUGGAAGGCUCUGAAGGCUGGUAUUCGAAUGAUUGGGCAAAAGAAAAAGGAGGAAGCGAAGAUCGAUCGUGAGAAGUCAGCAGAGCUCGUAGCUGAAUUGACAGCAGGCAUCCCAGCGGCUUUGAUCUUCGCCAGCAUGUUCCAAAGAGACGAGCAUGGUAACAAGCGAAUUCCAAUCAUCCUGGAACAAUUGAAGAUCAAGAUUACAGAUUCGAAGCUGAACAACAAGUCGAGAAACCAUACGGUAUUCAGAAUUGAGUUAGAAUACGGAUCCGGGUUAACUAGGAUGAGAUGGGUCAUCCAUCGAGAAUUCCGUGACUUCUUUAAUUUACACACUAAGUAUCGCCUUCAAGAUUUCAGCAAUACUUAUACAACUUUGGGCGAUGGAUCAAAACACCAGCUCCCGAAGUUCCCUAAAGCAUCGAUUCCAUACCUCAAAGGCUGGAGGGGGUUAGAAGAUUCCUCCUCUGAUAGUGGGAAUGAGACAGCGACAAAUACGCGCCUAAAUACCGGCCCCCUCGCGGAGCGACCCCUCACUGCAAAUGCAGCAGUUGAUCCAAGCGAAGCUGGCCCUAGCUCUGCGGCCCAAUCCGGCGCCGCUGGUUCAUCCAACCUUCUUGCCGUUCCCCGACCAGGUCCUCCCACUCGCCAGCCUACAUAUGAUGAUGACAGCGAGGACUACGAGAUGCCUCGCAAGAAUAGUAUCGCAGGGUCUAUCCGAAGAACCUUCUCUUCAAAGAAAAGGCCUCCUGUCCGUCGUAACUCAACUGGUGGGCACCCCAUCGAGCCAGGAAAUAUUGGUGCUGGUAUCGCACUUGGAAUCGGUACCUUGGCUGGUGCUACUGUGGCGUCUACGCCUAUCUUGCGACGGGAUGGAUUCUCUAUAAAGCAGCGAAAGAAACUUGAAAAGUACCUCCAGGAACUUAUUCGUAUUAUGAUAUUCCGUCCUGAUUCGAACCGACUAUGCAAGUUUCUUGAACUCUCAUCCUUAGGUAUCCGCCUUGCGGCUGAGAACAGCUACCAUGGGAAGGAAGGGUAUCUAGUUAUCCAGUCUUCGAAAGGGUCCGAAUUCCGGCGUGGGUGGGCGCCUGGCAGUAUCAUCAAAGGUCAUCGUCCAAAAUGGUUCCUUGUACGCCACAGCUAUAUUGUUUGCGUUGAUUCGCCGGAGGAGAUGAACAUCUAUGAUGUGAUUCUGGUUGAUAGUGAUUUCCAACUCGAUGCCAAACGCUCUUUGCCUAAGAAUCCAAAGGCAGUGGCGAGCGCCUCCACUAACCCGGCUCAUCCGCAACAUCAUAAGCUGAAGCUCAAGAACUCUGAACGGAAGAUCAAACUUCUUGCCAAGAAUGAGAGGCAGCUAGGUCAGUUUUACGACAGUAUCAAGUACAUGGCUGAUCAGACUGUUUGGUCGCAGAAGCAUCGGUUUGAUAGCUUUGCACCAGUCAGGCAAUACUGCUUUGCACAGUGGCUUGUCGAUGGAAGAGACUAUUUUUGGAACGUUAGUCGUGCGAUUUCAAUGGCCAAAGAUGUUAUCUAUAUUCACGAUUGGUGGCUGAGCCCGGAGAUUUAUCUACGGCGUCCACCGGCAGUAUCGCACAAGUGGCGAUUGGACAGACUACUUCAGAGGAAAGCUAGCGAAGGCGUCAAGAUAUUCGUGAUCAUUUACCGCAAUAUCGGAGCCGCUGUGCCGAUAGAUUCGGCAUAUACUAAGUACUCACUGCUUGAUCUGCACCCCAACAUUUAUGUCCAACGUUCGCCAAACCAACUCCGCCAAAACACCUUCUUCUGGGCCCACCAUGAGAAACUGUUGAUUGUUGAUCAUACAGUCGUGUUCCUUGGCGGGUUGGAUCUCUGCUUCGGCAGAUGGGAUACGCCACAACAUGCGCUUGUAGACGAUAAGUUUACGGGCUUUGACGAAACCGGUCCCAAAGACCCGGAUAAGUACCAGCUUUGGCCUGGGAAGGAUUAUUCCAAUCCUCGCGUCGAGGAUUUCUAUGAGCUUAACAAGCCAUACGAAGAUAUGUAUGAACGCCAGAAAACGCCGCGAAUGCCGUGGCAUGAUAUCUCCAUGCAGGUUGUCGGUCAACCUGCCAGGGAUCUAACGCGGCAUUUCGUUCAGCGAUGGAAUUACCUUCUCAGGCAACGUACACCGUCAAGGCCAACGCCAUUCUUACUACCACCGCCGGACUUCACGCAGCAGGAGAUCGAAUCUCUAGGAAUUAGCGGUUCCUGUGAGGUUCAGAUGCUCCGAAGCGCUUGUUCAUGGUCAACGGGUACGGUGGAUAAAAAUGAGCAUUCGAUCCUUAACGCAUACCUUAAGGCUAUCGAAACUAGCGACCACUUGGUUUACAUCGAAAACCAGUUUUUUAUUACUUCAGGUGAACUACCUGAUGGAACAAAGAUGGAAAAUUCUAUCGGGGAUGCGCUGGUAGAGCGUAUUAUCCGAGCACAUAAAAACGAUGAGGACUGGAGGGCUAUCAUCAUCCUACCUCUCCUACCAGGCUUCCAAUCUAGCGUUGAUCAACCGGAUGGUAGUAGCGUGCGUUUGAUCAUGCAAUGCCAGUUUAGGAGCAUCUGUCGAGGAGAUGGAAGUAUAUUUGGCAAAUUAAAAGCUAAUGGUAUCAACCCUGAGGACUACAUUGAGUUUUAUGCGCUGAGGAGCUGGGGCAAAAUCGGUCCUCAACAGCAACUGGUGACUGAGCAACUAUACAUUCACGCUAAGUGUAUGGUUGUGGAUGAUCGUAUUGCGAUUAUUGGAUCCGCCAACAUCAACGAAAGAUCUAUGUUGGGAUUCCGUGACUCAGAAGUCGCGGCAGUCGUUCGAGAUCAGGAUACAAUUUGGUCUACCAUGGCUGGGCGACCCUACCUCGUUGGGCGUUUCGCACACACCCUUCGCUUGCGCCUCAUGCGCGAGCAUCUCGGAAUCGACGUCGAUGAACUCAUGGUCCAAGAAAGAGUAGCUGAAGAAGACGAAGAAACAGGGUCAGAACACAGAUGGCAUGAUGGCAAUAGUAUUACCACGCGUGCAACUACUGACCUUGAUUCUGGUUCGCUUAGGUCCGGUAUUUCUGGGAUUGCUGGGCCAAGUCAUGCUGGGCCAUCCAGCCCUCCACAUCCCGUAAGACAGGGCGAUGUAGAUGCCGUCAACCGUGUUGAAAAGCUCCCUAGCUUUAACCAUGAUGUUGAUUGGGAGCAAGCGAACAAUCCAAAUAUCAUAUCGCACAAGCGGGUUACCAGCGAUCCGAGGGUUAAAGAAAGGGAAAGAGACGUUCAGGGUUUGGGAAUCGACCAUAUGAAGGCUGUAGACGAAUAUAACCGGGAGAAAGAAGGACGACCCGCUACGGCUAUGGAUAGGAAGCUGGGGCAAGAUGGAUAUGAAUUUACCUCUAGCUUCAGCCAGGUCGAUACCGGAAUCGUUAGAAAUUCCUUGGAAGGCGCUAGGGACCAUCGUGGGCAUUCUUCGAAAGGCAAACCCGCUUCUGUUGAUAGCCAUGCUGAAGAGGAGGCUACUGGCGGAAACGCCGAACUUAUGCCACCAAUCCCAACUCAGCGGCUAAAUUCAUCAGAACUUGGUCUCCCAAUUUCCAGCCAACUCCCGCCGCUGCCACCUACGAGUGAUAUGGAUAUCGGAGGACCGGCCGCAACCCGUCUCAGUCAAGGAACGUUGCCGCCGAUGAAGCCUUCGCAUCCACUUUACUCGGAGAUCAAGCAGCCCCUCGUAGACUCGGAUCACUUCGUCGACCCACUCAACGACUCUUUUUACCUAGAUACUUGGCACAAGAUCGCUGUAAACAAUACAAAGAUCUUUAGAGAGGUAUUUAGAUGUAUGCCCGACAAUGAGGUGAAGAGUUGGGCGCAGUAUAAGGAGUAUAUGGCCUACGCAGACAAAUUUGCAGCGUCUCAGGACGGAGACAAACCUUCGACUCAGACUCAGAACAGGAAUAGAACUGGCCAGGCCGCCCCUGGAGUUGGCGUUCCCGUGUCACUGCCAGAGAAAAUCGGCGAGAAGAUAUCGCCUGAGGCAGCUGAGACAAUAGGGAAAGUGACAGAGAAGUUGCACAUCGGUCCACACCACCACAACCAAGAGCAUGAGAAGGGUAAAACAGAAGAUUGGAAUGAAAAAGCUGGACAAGGUGAGGGUGAUAGUGGACUGAAAGAAAAGAAUGAAGUUGCGACCGAGGUAAGGAGAGAAACUGGGAAGGGACAAUUGUCACAGAAUGAGAAGGAGUCGACAGAAGGCGGAGAUCCUAGACUUUCGGAAACAUCCUUAAGGGCCGGGCCACCUGGCACUUCCGGAGGGUUAGCACCGCCAGGUAGUGCCGUUGGCGGUAGCGCUACCGGUAGCAGUGUGGGACCUGCGGCUUCAGUUAGGAGGAGGAAGAGAGCGGGAACGAGGAAUAGUAAGCGCGAGUUCCAUGCCACUGACGAUGUUAUGGAUAAGGAUGUCGCAGAGGAGCUUUUGAGUUUGAUUGUGGGACAUUUGGUUGUAUGGCCGUAUGAAUGGUUGAUUGCUGAAGCGGAAGGUGGGAACUGGUUGUAUAGUAUCGACCAGUUAGCCCCGAUUGAGCUCUAG